AGUAAGUUGCCACAUUGAGAAAAUUUACAGUAAUACGACAAUAAAAUGCAAGACUGUACAUAAAUAUGUAAUAAGACGAAACCUACCAUGCUGCAAAAUGUGUCUAUUGCGCAUGCGUGAAGCAUAAGCCAUGCGAGGGCUAGACGCUACUAGAAUCAGCCAACUUCCCAAUAUCAUUUUUGCUAGUGUGUACGAAGGAGGACGUAGUGAAGUUUUUAAAAACUUCACUGUCUGUUUACUUUCUUUAUAUAAAGAAUAUUUUAUUCAAGCUGGCGUUAUGUAUAAAUGGGACGCAUUUAACUGAGGAUGAACUUCGUUUCGCUGAAAGGGUUAAAGAAGAUAUAAAUUCUUUUAUGAAAAUAUCUGGCUUUGAAAGAAGUAUCCUUGUCUUCCCACCUUUUAUAAGUCGAAAGAGGUAUUUGGCCCAUAAAAUUGUGGACUCCUUUUUCUUUCCAUUUUUAUGUAGUUUUUCUGUUGGGCGAGAAAAUAAAAGAAGUGUAGUCAUUGGAUCAACAGAUCUCCUAACAAGAUGUUGUAUUCCUUUUGCCUGCAUCCAUAGAAAACUGUUUUGCAUUUCUAAAGUCCAGGAAUUCACCAGUUGUAUAUGCAGGAAACGAUUAAAAUCACUGAUAUCAUCAGAUUCUGCAGUUAAUACUUUAAUGUCUGCUACCAAACAAUUUGGCAAUGGUAAUCUUUUAAAGAAAGGUGAACAGGAUGGCUCUGCAGCUGCUGUGCCUAAGAUUCAGACAAGCAGAUCAGUCAUAACAGAGAAGCAGAAGAGGCCAGAUAAGCCACUGUAUGUGCCUCGAGCUUUACGAGGACUUCAGACUAAAGCAUCAUGCAAUGAAAACAAGCUUAAUCAUCUGAAUGAAUGCACUUCACAAAACAAAGUUUUGAAUGGGAAGCUAUCAAAAACAAAAUCAGUUUCAAAAAGGACUAAAGAUGACAUGUACAGUGUAACUGUACGUAGUAAUCCUGUCCAAAAUGAUCUUGUAUUAAAAACUGAGUUAUCUAGUAAUGAUUUUGAAAGCUUAGAUAACCAAAAGAGCUGCACUACAAAUAAUUAUUCAGAAGGUCAGCAAAAGCAGGCAGUUAUUUCUUAUUCUAGUAGUGCAACUUCUAGUGAACUAGGUAGCUCUAAGGAGUUUGAGUCCAGCAGUAAUGUUCUUUUAGAACACAAAGAAGUCAUACAAAAUGAUGUAAAUAAAAUAAACAUUGAACAGAAUAACUUUGAUAGUUUAUCAGGCGAUGGAGCAAAAAAUUAUUCAGAAAGAUCCUGUCUUCCUUCAGACAAUCAAACAUUUGUUCGAAUAGAAAUGCCUGGAGCAUAUGAUCAAAAAUCACAUUCUGAGGGAUUUUAUGCUGAAAAUGAAGAUUCUUGGGAGACAAAGUUCAGUGACAGUGGUGACUGUUUAAAUGCAGAAGUAAUAGAGAGCCUACGUGUGGUUACUGGACAUUUGGAGAUGCAUGCAGCCAGAUGUAGUUACUCAGAAUGGAAAACAUAUUCAGGAGAUAUAUCUGAAGGGUUUGAAAAUGUUAUUGAAUUGUUUGGUUUCCCUGUUGAAUUUAAUACUCAAGAUUUAAUGUCAGCAUUUUCCAUGUUUCAAAAGACAAGUUAUACUAUUAAGUGGGUAGAUGACUGCCAUGCACUUGCAGUAUUUUCAAGUCCUUCGUUGGCUAAUCAAGCCCUACAGUUGAAUCAUCCAUUUGUGAAAGUCCGUCCACUUUCUGAGGGUACAAGUGAAUCUAAAACAAAAGCUAGACUGUGUGCCCGUAUCCUUGAGCCUCCUAAGCCACGGCCAGUCACCUCAGCAGCAUUAGCUAGACGUCUGGUAUCAGGUGCCUUAGGUUUAAAAGUUCAAACAUCUAAGGAGCAAAGGGAUGUUGAAAAAAAGUUGUUAACAGAAGCAAGAGAGAGAAAAAGGUUAGAAGCAAAACAAAGACAAGAUAUUUGGGAUGGUAUAGUGUCAUGAAAUGAAAGAAUUACAUUAUUGUAUAGAUAUGCAAUUUAUAUGUUAUUACUAGUGCAACUUAAAAAUGUGACUGUUCAUACUGGUUUUGAACUUGGCAUAAAUUUAUUUUUACAAAAAAUUAAAUAUGUAUCAAUUAUAUGGUUACCUGAAUUUGUAAUCUUGCAAGUUGAUUUUUAACAUUUUAUUUAUUAAAAUGAUGCCAAUUUAUGGAA